AGAUGGCGUGCACUACACGACAGACAGACACUAUAAAAGGGCAGACAUUGGAGGCUAUGAGUCCUUUCCGUUUCCGUCUGUCGUGA